GGAGAACAUCAGAUGCAACAAGUUAUGUGGAAAAACAAAGUUUGUCGGGAUGAAGAAAGUCUAUUACCCGUAGCAAUGAAAGCGUUGAGUAAACGGGAUAAAUAUCACAGAGACGCAAACGCACAAAAGAAAAGCAAAGAAAUUAUUAAAAAGCCUCUGCCAUUGAAAGAACACGAAAAAGAGAUGUUACAGAGACUCGAUUUCUUUAAAGGGCUCAAUGUUAAGACUGAAUUUGACAAUGAACAUGCAAUUCUUAUAGGCACUAGAGAAAAUAUCAAUGAUGCGGUAUCUAAGAUAUUAACCGAAGGCUUGAUUCAUAUUCAGAAGACUGUGCUUACUGAUAAGAUCGUGGACCCCACAAAAUUAGACUUCCUAAAAAAUCAAAAAGUUCAAACCUUUAUGAACAAGAAGUAUGAGAAAGAAAAUCUACCCGCUUUCAUAAAAAGUAAGGAUGAUUAUAUAAUAUUGCACAAUUUCGAUCAAGCUAAAACAGAAAUAAUGAUUGAAAUCUUGAUGAAGCAAAUAAAGUGCAAAACAUUAUCUUACGACCAAAAGUUCGCUUUAAUUCAGUCUCCUAAAGGCAUGCAGUUAAUCGAACAUUUGUGUGGAAUUGGAGAAGAGAAAGUAGCCGCUGUGAAGCUCGAACCUGUAACAAAGAGUAUUCACAUCGUUGCACUAAAGAAACAUUUUGACAAUCUCUUGGAGAGUAUCGAACAAUUUAUGGCAGAAAAUCACAUCGUUAAGGAGGAAUUUCCAUUCUCAAGAGCAGAGCUGGAAUAUAUUGAAACGUUUUACUCUCGGGAAUAUGAACGGUUUUUAGAUAACAUGAAAAGACAAGGAAUAUCUGUAAACUACAGUGCUGACAAAGUUGUUUUGGAAGGGCAGCAGGAUGGUAUACAUGAAGGGAAAAUGGCCCUUUUUAGUUUGAAGUAAGCAGCUCUAUUAUUUUCUCUGAUUAACUUUAUUUUAAAGUUUCCUGUCUAUCUAUCAUCUCAUAUCGCUAAACCAUUGACAUGUCUAUUUUUUUCAUUUCACUUAACGACUGGCAUGUCUAUCUAUUAUUUCAUGUCACUAAACCACUGACUUGUCUAUCUAUGUUAAUCACAUCACUGAACCACUGACGAGUCCAUCUAUUAUAAUAAUAUAAUUGCUUUGUAAAUAGACUAUUAACAUGUAAGGAAGAAACAUAAACUAUUUUUACCAUACCUUGUCAUUGUAUAUUGUCAAAAUAUUCAAGGAUGCCAAAUUUAUAAAUAUGUUACUAGAGUAUUUUAAAAUAUGUUUAUUUUUUUCCAAAUCUCAAGCAUACCUGCAGCAAACAAUACCAUUGUUUAAAUGCAUGGAUUUGUCUUCAUAUUUCAUACAUUAAGUUGAUUGAUAUUUUGUGAAAUGAUAUACAUUAUAAAAUGUCCUUAUUUUGACAGUUUAUAAUUGUUAUGACCUAGUUUCUAUUUAUACUUUCCGCAGGGAUGAGAUCAAAUCUCACCAGUUCAAAGUCAUCAAAUUCGGCAUCAAAGAAUUUCUUUCAGAAAAAGCGGGGAGAAUAUUUAUAGAGGAUUUUGAAAAAUUGAAUGAGUGCGUGAUAAAAAUGAGUACCUCGGCGACACCACGCUCACUUGGUAAAUCAACAGGACACAUCCCAAUCUCCAGUGCUGCAAAGGAUGUUGCCUACUGUAUACUGAAGAACUGUGAGAUAUGGUUCACUCAAGGGGACAUUUUAGAUAUGAUCACAGAUGCGAU